AUGGAAUCCCAGUUCCAACAGUGGAGAGGGAAGCUUGUUGAAGAGGAGGAAGGAAAUUUUGCAUUGUGGAUAUCCUACAUCUUAAUCGGUGCCGGAGCUAACCUUGUCUCAUGGUUAGUUCUUCCAAGGUUUGCAAUCUCUGUGGGGGCAUCCGGUGCUGUCUUUGGACUCUUUGCUAUAAGUGUACUUGUGAAGUUAUCAUGGGACUGGAGAAAAAUUCUUGAAGUUCUCAUACUCGGACAAUUUGUUAUCGAUAAGGUUAUGGAAGCAGCACAAGCUUCAACAGGGCUGGUGGGGCCUUUAGGCCGAGGUUCAUCUUUGCAGAAUGUAAAUCAUAUAGCUCAUCUCUCUGGUGCUUUGGUUGGUGUUGCUUUAGUCCUUUUCCUUUAUAGAAUUCCUACACAGCCUUCUGAUCUGGAUUCAAAGGAUGGAAAUGGUAAACAAACUUGAUUUUUUUUA